AUGUUGAAGAUAUUAUUGUUCACUUCUCUUGUUAUUGGAUCCUUGAGUUUGGAGUUGCUGAACCAAUGGAGUUUCCUCGAAUUCGAUCUACCACGAGAUAUAAAUCCAAAUGACUUGAGGCCUGAAAAUGCAGUGUUUACUGGUUUGGAAGUAACUGACGAUAGAUUAUUCAUAUCCAUACCGAGAUUGCGACCUGGUGUUGCUGCAACAUUAACUUCGAUACCAAGAAAUACUCCGAGAGGAGCCAGCCCAGUUCUUCAGGCCUACCCGGAUUGGUCCGCGCAUGGAGCUGUGCGAGGACAAUACAACUGUUCUGGAUUGAUUUCAGUCUACAGGUCUAGAACAGACUCGUGCAAUAGGUUAUGGGUAUUGGAUGCUGGUACCAUCGAUUCAAUCGAUAACUUCAGGAGAAUUUGUCCACCGAAGAUACUGAUUUAUGAUCUCAGAACAGACCAGGUUGUUCGCAGCAUUUUCUUCCCGCUUGACGUUGUUCGACCAGCUUCUGUCUUCACCAAUUUGAUCAUAGAUGAAAAUGUUCAAGGAAAAUGCGACUCUGCGUUCGUUUAUAUAAGCGAUACCAUUGCACCAGGUUUGGUAGUCUACGAUGGUAUUUCGGGAAGGUCAUGGAGAAUAAGCGAUCCCACCAUGUAUCCAAAUCCAGACUACUCUGCUCUGAAUAUAGCUGGAGAAUCAUUCUCUUUCAUGGAUGGAGUGAUCGGACUCGCGCAUUCACCAAAGCUCGCAACAGUUUUCUAUCAACCUGUAGCUUCAGACAGAAUUUUCAGCAUUCCCACCUCUACUCUGACGAAAGGCCCACCUGGAGAAUUUGAAGAGUUACCUAUUUCAGUAGCUGGAAGAAAGUCUUCACAAGGAUUGCCACUGGCUAUGAAUCAGGAUGACAAUACUCUCUACUUCAGCCCUUUCUCCGAAACUUCAGUAGCCUCUUGGAAUAUUGAAUCCAAUCAACAAGAAAUAUUGGCCAACGAUCCUACGAAUCUACAGUUCGUGGCUGACCUACGGUGGAAAAAGGAUGGGGAUCUCUAUGUGAUCAGUUCCAGAUUCCACAAAUUCUUCAAAAGGACCGUCACACCGAACGAAAUCAAUAUGAGGAUUUUCAAGCUGACGCCAAAGCGAAAUAACUUACCAAAUCUGCCCAACAGCAUCAACGAUAACAACUAUUAUUCGCAAACUGGAAUAAGAAAUCUGAAUAACAAUAACAACUACUAUCCACAAACAGGGCUACGGAAUCUGAACAACAACUACUUUCCAGAAACAGGAGUACCUAAUCUAAACAACAAUCAAUACUAUUACUAUUAAAUCAAAUCAAUCUAUUGAUUAUGCAGGCUGUUUCGAAUUCGAUCCUCACCAUUGGGAUCUAUGAAACUAUACGAGAUUCGAGGAUGGUUGAAUCGAGGCAAAGUUGCGUAUUUACCUAACUAACAAUAUUUUGUUCAGAGAGUUUCGGUAUUCAAAGUAUGUCCGAAGAUAUCCGGAAAAAACAAGAUUUUGUAAGUUUUAUCAUUUAUUGUAGGAUUCCAAUAUGAACUGCACUUCGGCAUUGCCAUUUUCCUAUUCUACUUGAUCUGAACUGCCAACUAACGAUUCGUCUUCUGGCACCAUCAUCAACUUUAUUU